AUGGAAGCUGUCGCCAAGUUUGAUUUCACUGCCUCAGGGGAGGACGAACUGAGCUUUCACACUGGAGAUGUUUUGAAGAUCUUAAGUAACCAAGAGGAGUGGUUCAAAGCAGAGCUGGGGAGCCAAGAAGGAUAUGUGCCCAAGAAUUUCAUAGACAUCCAGUUUCCUGAAUGGUUUCAUGAAGGCCUCUCGCGACACCAGGCAGAGAACUUACUCAUGGGCAAGGAGGUCGGCUUCUUCAUUAUCCGGGCCAGCCAGAGCUCCCCAGGAGACUUCUCCAUCUCCGUCAGGCACGAGGAUGACGUUCAGCACUUCAAGGUCAUGCGAGACAACAAGGGUAAUUACUUCCUGUGGACUGAGAAGUUUCCAUCCCUGAAUAAGCUGGUAGACUACUACAGGACAACUUCCAUCUCCAAACAGAAGCAGAUCUUCCUGAGAGAUAGUACUCAAGAAGAUCAGGGUCACCAGGGCAACAGCCUGGACCGCAGGUCCCAGGGAGGCCCACACCUCAGUACUGCUGUGGCCGAAGAACUCCGGCCUUCAAUGAACCGCAAGCUGUCGGACCAGCCAGCACCCCUCCCCUCGCAGUACCAUCAGCACCAGCAGCCACCGCCGCAGUAUCCCCCAGUACAGCAGCCGCCACAGCAGCGGUACCUGCAGCAUCACCAUUUCCACCAGGAACGCCGCGGAGGCAGCCUUGAUAUAAAUGACGGACACUGUGGCAGGGGCAUAGGCAGUGAGAUGAAUGCCACCCUCAUGCAUCGGAGACACACAGACCCAGUGCAGCUCCAAGUGGCGGGGCGAGUGCGGUGGGCCCGGGCACUGUACGACUUCGAGGCGGUCGAGGAAGAUGAGCUGGGGUUCCGCAGCGGAGAGGUAGUCGAGGUCUUGGAUAGCUCCAACCCAUCCUGGUGGACCGGCCGCCUGCACAACAAACUGGGCCUCUUCCCUGCCAACUACGUGGCACCCAUGAUCCGAUGA